CUGGGUUUGGCGGAAGCAGUCACCGGCCAACACGGGCUCUGUUUGAUAGCCGGGUCUGUCUGGAAUCCUGAGCAGAGCGCGGGGUUUACCCUGGCGCGCAAGUUAACGGCGAGCUCCUGGACUAACUGUAAAUGAUUCUCCAGCAGUUGUUUAUUUGGCCCGACAGCAUUGUCCUUACAUCAUGUUCUGCAGAAGCGUUAGUUGGUUCAUCUGCAUUUUUGUCGCAGUACUCACAGCUGCCGACUAAAGCGACUCUCAUCCCAGUACAGAAUCGCCCACAGCAGGACAGGUCCAGGAGAUGAAAGAGGCUGCAGCUGUGGACCUGGGCACCCUGCUGGACGCUGGAGACAGCGCCGUGGUGACUCUGGUGGCGGGCGACACCCGUCUGGCAGCGCACAGGGCCGUCCUGGCCGCCAGGAGUCCCGUGUUCGCCUCUAUUUUCAGCCACGGCACGCUGGAGGCCACAGUCCCAGACGUGGGGGGCCCGCUGCUGCGCCAUCUCGUGGCCUACAUGUAUACCCUGCAGGCCCCGCAGCUGGCCAGAAUGGCCCCCCAGCUGCUGGUCGUGGCUGAUAAGUACGGCUUGUCAGGCCUGAAGGCACAGUGCGAGCAGCAGUUGGCUGCACAGCUGUCUGUUGAGACUGCGGUGGCCACAGCUGUGCUCGCUAUUCGGAACUCCUGUAGCAGCCUUAAGAAGGCCGCCGCCGCCUUUAUAAAGACUCAUAUUUUGUACGUGAUGGCCACGAAGGGUUGGGCUGAUGCGCUACAUUGUCAGCCUGAAGAUUUAAUUGAAGUGCUCAAGCUGCUGUCUGAGCCACCAGCAGAAACCAGCACUCCAGCCACUGGAGACAGCGAGGUCACCCCCACCAGUCAGCUGCACACUGGCCACAAAAACUGCAACAGGGCUCCUGUUCCAGCUGCAAAGCACACAGUUACCUGCCCCACUCCCACAUUUGACGACGCUUCCGUCUCUUUCCUGAGAUUUUGUUUGCAGAUCAUGUGUGAGGGACACCGCUCCUAAGGGCACUGCUUGCCA